CCACCACUAACACCCUUUCUUUUACAAGUAAGUGUUCUUUCUUCUCAUACAAGCUUCACAAAAAAGCAAGACCUGUAAGCUUACAUACAUGCUCAGUGUAGUUCUUUACAAAGAGAACUAGAGGGUUCGCAGCAUUUUUCAAAUAGAGAGACAGAGAGAGAGAGAAGUGAAGCAAUUUUGUUGUGUGAGAGAGAGACGAGGUGUUGAAGCGAUUUUCAUUCCCGUGUGCAUGAGCGGUAACGAUAGGAGAGAUCGGUUGCCAGAGAGAGAGAGAGAGUGAAAGAGGUAGCGAAAGGAGAGAUUGUUGUGUGUGAGAGAGAGUGUGUAAGAGGUAGUGAGAGGAGAGAUUUGUGUGUGUGUGAGAGAGAGAAAGAGAGGUAGCGAAAGGAGAGAUUGUUUGUGUGCGUGCGAGAGAGAGAGAGAGAGAGAGAGAGAGAGAGAGAGAUAGAUAGAUGGGUGAUUGGGGGCCUGUUGUGAUAGCUGUGAUACUAUUCAUCUUGCUCUCUCCCGGGCUGCUCAUACAAGUCCCAGGAAGGACGAGGGUGGUGGAGUUUGGUAAUUUCGCCACAAGUGGGAUAUCCAUCUUGGUUCAUACCAUUUUAUUUUUCGGUCUCCUUACCAUUUUCACAAUUGCCAUUGGUGUCCAUAUCCACACCGGCUAAAUCUUUCGAGAGAUAUGCUUUUUUGUCCAUGUAUUUCCCAUUGAAGGGUGUGUCUUGUGUUCAUCUUGAGCUUCCAGUGUGUGAUUUCUUUAUGAGAUUUUUUUUUGCUACUUUUUAAUUUACCUAUGUCUUUAAGGUGACUUAAUAAUGUCAAGUUUAUUUUCUUUUGCUUCCAACAAA